AUGCCCUGCACCACUAUAAUUCCUGCUAGGGUUCAUAAGCCCUUUCAGGGAUUUGAUUUCGUCCCUUUAAGGCAGACGUCGUCUUGGUUCGUGCGGACCAUUUCCGGGAUCUCGGAAGGCGGGCGCCUCGCACUCAAAGCCGUUUUCCCCGAUGCGCCCCAGCGGCCGCCAACCAAGCCGAAGCUGAUCUCGGUGGGGUUCGCGCGCACGGGUACUACCAGCUUUGUCACGGCCUUGAAGCAACUUGGCUACACCCCCUGCCACGACAACGAAGUCGUGGAAGUUGCGAGCUUGCUGGCCAAGCGCUUCAAUGACACGCACCCCAUGCCCGUGGGGGACUUCCUGGAGGAGUUUGGCGCACAGGGGUUCGACGUCCUCUUCUGGUUCUCAUACGAGAUUGUCGAGUGGGUCGUGCAGCACCCCGAAGUGGACAUCAAGUUCGUCCUGACCUCUCGUGACAGUGGCCGCAAGUGGGCCGAAUCGUGGGAGCGCAUCCGAAACAUGAUCCCUCGGGACAAGUUGCUUGAGUUCAACAUGAAGGAGGGCUGGAAGCCGCUGUGUGACUUCUUGGGCAAACCUGUGCCGGACACCCAAUUCCCGCAUGUCAACGACCGCGUCGUCAUGCGGGCCUUGCUAGGCACCCUGAGCAUGAUCACCUGGGUUUGGCCCAUGCUUCCCCUACUCCUGGCCUACUUCGUGUUUGCAGUGCUUCGUCACUUCCGUCGGUUUGUUACGUCUGGACAAGACAAGAGCACUGUCAAGAAGCGACAGUAG